AUGGCGUCCAACCUAUUAGCAGCCUUGGCGCGGGCAUGGCAAAGCCCCCUUUCCUCCAUUCAGGGCAGGUCCGCGACCCUGAUCUCCUUCCUCUCGUCAGGAUGUGGACCCUAUAUAAGCGGCCGAGACACUUCCUCGCCAUCAAACGUCAGCCAUGUCUCUCAAGGUGAUCCUCGUAGCGUGUGUGGCCCGGUGGCUCUGACCGAUAAGGCUCCCGUGUACCAUCAGCCUCCUGUUUACGCCGCACCCACGUACCACGCUCCCGAACCCGUGUACCAUGCCCCUGCCCACUACAAGGAGCCAGAGUACCCCACCGUCCCCCCGAAGUACAACUACAACUACGGCGUCGCCGACGGCUACUCCGGCGUCAACCUCGGCCACUCGGAGUCCCGCGACGGCUACAAGACCGAGGGUAGCUACUCCGUCGACCUCCCCGAUGGCCGCAAGCAGACCGUCAAGUACGUGGACAACGGCGACGGUUAUGUGGCUGAGGUCAUCUACGAGGGCGAGGCUCAGUACCCCGAGUACAAGCCCACCUACAAGCCCGCUCCCUACCACGCUCCCCCCAAGUACCCCGUGUACUAAGGGUGUACAUUCUCGCUCAGACAUCGCGUACAUAUCAU